AUGAGAGCACCAGCUGUUUCAGACGGCUGUGUGAUCACUCUCUCCGUAGCCGAUGUGAGUAAGCCCGUUGUUCGCAAAGGCCCAUGCACAAUUGAGAGCAUCCUGUCGGGCUGUAUCACCGCCUGGUAUGGCAACUGCACCGUCCACAACCACAAAGCUCUCCAGAGGGUGGUGUGGUCUGUCCAAUGCAUUACUGGGGGCAAACUUCCCACCCUCCUGGACACCUGCAGCACCCAAUGCCAUAGGAUGGCCAAAAAGAUCAUCAAGGACAUCUACCACCCGAGCCACUGCCUGUUCACUCCGCUAUCAUGCAGAAGGCGAGGUGAUAGGAGAAAGUGUCGCUGUGCGGUGGGUAGUGUCCUGAGUGAGGGCGAUACUAGGCCCAGUGAGGAGCUCCAACAGCUCUAUGAGAAGUUUGGUUUCCGGGUCUUCAGCUUCCCAGAGGUCACUCACGUGGUCAGCGCCUCCUUUCCCCACAGGACACCCCUGUCAAUCUUCUUUGGGGUGCAGAGAGUCUACCCCCAGCUGGAGAGCUACAUCAAGGAGAGGAAGUUGUGUGCACACCCAUGCCUGGAGAUCUACAGAGAUGACCUGAUCCACUACAUGAGUCCUCUGGCUCGCCAGGGAGAUUUCUACGUACCAGAGGUCCGUCAGGACCCGGACAGGAGGCUACUGGGAGACAAUGACUCUGAGGAGGACAGAGGGACCGACAUCACAGGUGCGGACUCCAAUAGUGAGUGCAGUUCAGGGAGUGGUGUUUUCCUGUCAGACAGCAGAGAGACCUCCCUAGCCCCAUCCAGCGUCCCCUCCCUGAUCCGACACUACAGAGGAGGAACAGGAGGAGGAGGAGGUGAAGACCGCAGUGACAGGAGCUCCAGCUCCUCCUCCUUUGAGGAGUUGGACAUGGAACUCCCAGAUGGACAGGAGGAAGCAGGGACAGAGCAAGCUAGCGACGCCCCCGGCAACAAGCACCUAGAGACAACCACAGAGGAGAGAGGGGUUGUAGCCGGGGGGGAGGAGUGAGGGGAUGAAGUGGAGGAGAAGAAGAAGUGGAGGUUGGGGGAGGAGGAGAGAUUAUAAUGUGCCGUUUUCUAUGGCUCUUUUUCAAUUAGUCUUUUUUUGAUUCCUCCCAUUUUGCACUUCCUCCUCCAAUAUGGUUGAGGUGAGGAAAUGGGAUGCAGGGAAUCACAGAAAGACUUAUUGAGAUAGAGUCAUUGUGUCUUCCUACAAGUAGAGUUUUUUUACAUUCCCAAACCUAUUUUAAGGUGAUGAGUUAGUCUGAUGAGUGUGUUGUGUUGAGCUGUUGGUCAGGCAGAGUUCCAAAGGGAAAAUUAUUUCCUUCUUUCUGUCCUACUGUUGGUUGGCUGACAGAAAAUAGCCUCUACUUGUAAAAAAAAAUAUCAGGUAACCUGAGUUUCUUGAAAUUCAUCUUUGUUUUUAAGUACUUCAUUGAUAUGAUAAGCAUGGUGAACAAGUGUGUUUGGAUGCAUUUUAGAUUUUUUUUUUACUUGAUUGUUAUGUUUUUACUAUUAAAAUUAUAAUUAUCA